CGCGCCCGCCCUGCCCGCUCGGCCGAGUCUGGCCGAGUGAGUCUCCUCAGUUGCUCGCCGGCUGCCGCGGAGGUAGCGCUUCAAGUUUUGACGUUUUGGCCGCCGGGUCGCUCGACUUGCACUUCCCGGCCGACGGCUGUGGAGGCAGCCGACGCUUGAGGGCCCCUCAGCCGCGCCCCGGCGCUCCACAGCCGCCCAGGGUCGGGCGGCCACGAGGCCCGGCCGCGUCCUCCCCCGUUCGCCCGCCCGGCGGCUGCAGCCAUGUCGCGGGGGCCGGAGGAGGUGAACCGGCUCACCGAGAGCACCUACCGGAAUGUAAUGGAACAGUUCAAUCCUGGGCUACGAAAUUUAAUAAACCUAGGGAAAAAUUAUGAAAAAGCUGUUAAUGCUAUGAUCCUGGCAGGAAGAGCCUACUACGAUGGAGUGGCCAAGAUUGGGGAGAUUGCCACCGGGUCCCCCGUGUCAACAGAGCUGGGCCAUGUUCUCAUAGAGAUUUCGAGUAUCCACAAGAAACUCAACGAGAGUCUUGAUGAAAAUUUCAAAAAGUUCCAUAAGGAGAUUAUCUAUGAGCUGGAGAAGAAGACAGAGCUUGAUGUAAAAUAUAUGAAUGCGACUCUCAAAAGAUACCAAGCAGAGCACAGGCACAGAUUAGAUUCGCUGGAGAAAUCGCAAGCUGAAUUGAAGAAGAUAAGAAGGAAAAGUCAAGGAGGACGAAAUCCAUUCAAAUAUGAAUGCAAAGAGAUUGAGUAUGUAGAAACCAUUACUUCUCGCCAGAAUGAAAUCCAGAAAUUUAUUGCAGAUGGUUGCAAAGAAGCCCUGCUUGAAGAGAAAAGGCGCUUCUGCUUUCUGGUCGACAAGCACUGCAGCUUUUCAAGUCAGAUACACCAUUACCACAUGCAGUCUGCAGAACUGAUCAAUUCCAAACUGCCUCGGUGGCAAGAAACCUGUGGUGAUGUCACCAAAGUGCCAGAGAAAAUCAUGAAUAUGAUUGAAGAAAUUAAGACCCCGGUCUCCACCCCGAUGUCCGGAACGCCCCUGCCUUCACCCAUGAUCGAGAGAAGCAGCAUGGUUGGGCAAGAUUGUGACAGCCUUUCUAAAUACCCACCAAAGAUCCCCGCGGCUCCUUCAGCCAGAGCCUUGACCAGCCCUUUGAUCGAUCUGUUUAAGAACCCAGCCACAGUCUCACAGGACUCAGAAAGAAAAAAUAAUUUAACAGGUUCUUCCAUUGACCCCAAUUUGCCUCGAUCGGUUUCUGUGGCCUCUGGACUGAACAUGGUGAAAAAGCAGAAAGUGAAAACCAUCUUUCCGCACACGGCCGGCACUAACCAGACCUUGCUCGGCUUCGCGCAGGGAGACGUCAUCACGCUGCUCAUCUCCGAGGAGAAGGACGGCUGGCUGUACGGGGAGCACGAUAGCACCAAAAUGAGGGGCUGGUUCCCAUCGUCCUACACGAAGCUGCUGGAGGAGAACGAGGAGGAAGCCGCAAGCGAGCUGGCGCCAAGCUUGGCGCCUGUCCGCAGCGUGAGUACCACGAACUUGGCAGAGAAGAGCACCGUCGUGAUCCCCCCGCCGGACUACCUGGAGUGUCUGUCCAUGGGAGCAGCCACCGCUGAGAAAGGAGACAUCUCCCAGAAGGCUUCUAACCAUAACGCCCCAGCGCUCAAACCAGAAAGCACACCUCCUAACAAUGCAAAUGGGUUUGCAAAGCCUCCUUUCCUCAGUGGAGAGAACCCCUUUGCUACUGUGAAACUCCGCCCGACAGUGACGAAUGACCGCUCAGCACCAAUCAUCCGAUGAGAAGGCGGCCCCAGCAUUCUCCUGGUUCCCCGUUGGGCCCCGUUCGGGAACAAUAGGUUUGUGUGUGACAAGCGCCAUCCAGUUGUAAAACUUCACCAGAGGGCGUCUGAUUUUACCUGUAUUCUACUUGAGCAAAUCAGCACAUUUUCUAAGUUAACAGAGUUGGAUUUACACAUUUCUUUAAGAUAAAUCAUAGUUUAGUUACAACUCAAUCAUUUAAAAGUUUUUUCCUAUUCUGUUCAAAAAUAGUAAAUUUGGUUCCAAUCCUUACUGUAUCACUUUUUAAUAUUCUGAUUAUUUUUUAAUAGCAAGAGUAAAGGAUAGUGGAUGCUUUUGUGACUGGCUUUCUGCACCCAAAUGCAAAUGAGAUAGUUUUAUAAAGCAUGUGUUCUUAAAUAGCACUGUGUUCAAAGAAAAUACUAUAUAAAUUUGCAUCCUAGCAUGCAAAUAAUCUUAAGCAAUAUAAAUUAUGAGGAUAUUGUAUAACACUUAAUUCUUUUAACUUAACUUUAAAAUUUCUGUUUACUAUAGCCCUAGCCAAGAUGAAGCAUCCCACAGGUUCUCGCGAUUUAGACAGCUCUAGAGCCCUGAGGAUCCGCCUGGCUCUAUCACAGUCGGGGUCUUAGUACUUGAGUAGUUCUCAGAGGGACUGAGCUUGGUACUCAGUUACCUAACUAGAAUGACCUAAGGAAACCCGCCAGGCUGUGCCUCACAGGGGCCUGGUUCACAGGGUGGCACCUGCCUCGGGAGACUCCACAGGCAGGAACCAGGCACCUCUCGCUAACCUAGAUGACCAAAAUUACCUCCAGCACUGUUUACUCUGAAACCUCUCGGGGUGCAAGUUUCCUUUUCAGUCGGGCCAGCAGCCCGAUAAAGCCGGCCGGGGGGUAGCAUUUUCAGCCCCACCCCGCGCGCUGGGCCCCGGCAGGCAGUCACAGCAGCGUUGGGCCGUCUCUGUGGUCAGGCCGGCGCCAUCUGGAGGAGGGGAUGAGGGACAGAAACACACCCAGGCCGGGAACCAAGGGGUCUCGCUCCUGACGACAGCUUUUGGCUCUGCCGUGAUGUCAUUCCUCGAACGACUGAGCGCAGGCAGACAGCAUGAGGCAUGGCUGGCGGGCCACGCAGACGCCCCCUCGGGGCAGCUGUCCAGCAGCAGCUGCCGCAUCCGCCAGCCCAGACGCUCGGGUCCUCUUCCUUCACGGGACCAUUUCCUUCCCACCGUGGAGGCAGGGAGGCAUGGUGGGCAGGCUCUGGAGACUCGUGAGUCAGGGGAAGGGGCGGGGGUCCCCAGGCCGCGCACACCCCCCUGCUCACAGGACAGAAGCCAGGCCGUGGGUCCUGGGCAUGGGCUGCGUGCCCUGCAGAUGUCAAGGUAUCAGGCUUCACUGUAAGAAUAAAAACUUGAAAACGAGCA